AUGAGAAUAAAAACUACAAACUACAACUCUCCUACAACUUCUUUUUUCCAGAAAUCCACAUGGUUCGGCUCGAUUUCCUUCGCCUCCCGCUACGUCACCAUCUCCACGUCGUCUCCCCCGACGUCUUCUGAAUCCAUCGAAAUGGAUUCUGAAAUUGAUGACGUCACGAACACACAUCUCCACGUGGCGAUUCUGAUGAGCAACGGGCGACACGUGGCGGUGAGAAGAAUCGACGACGUUGGCGGGAAAUUCAAAAUUUUGGAUUUUUCAAAUGACGUCGUCGGGGAUUCAGAAUCCCCGCUUCUUGUCUCCACAUCACGAGAGGUCUAUUUGGUUUUAAGGAGAAAAAUUCUGAAGACGUCGUCAGAGAUUCUGAAGAUUCUGAAAGAUUCUGAAGGCGUCACGUCGGAAAUUCAGAGGAUUCAGUUCCCGUGGCCCGUGAAAAUCGAGGAGGCAGUUGCGGGGCACGAUUUUGUGAUUUUCAGAGAUUUCGGAGGCAAUUUGUUUUCGAUGGGAACCGGGACUCGCGGUGAGCUCGGAGUCGGUCUCAUCCGUCGUAUCGAUGCACCAGUUCAUAUCGAGCAUCUGGCGGGUAUUCGAAUUCAAAAAGUUGUUUGUGGUGGAUGGCAUACUGUAGCAUUGACCGACGGUGGUGAUGUUUAUGUAUGGGGAUGGAAUCGAUACAGACAGUUGGGGAAGGAUAAGCCCGCCACUGAAAUGUACCCUGUGCUCCUGGAUCCGUCGGAAGAAUUUGAUGAGGGAUCUUCAGAUGACGUCAUUGAUGACAUCAUGGCUACUGAAAACACCACAGAAAUCAGGAUUGGCCACGCCCACUUUUUGAUGGGAUCCGAUGAUGUGGCAAUUAAUGAAUUUGUGAUUUCUUGA